AUGUUUUUCACCUCCAUGCUCACCCGCCUUGCCUACUGGUGGCCGGUCCUCGUCUAUGCCGUCGCGUGGACAACCAUUCUAACGCUGACGGUUGCGGUGGCGUCGUUCCCUCUGAAGGUUGCCUUCCUGUCGGCGAUAUCCUCGUCCUCUUCGUUCUCCAAAACGUGCGUGACGGAAGGGUUCGUUAGAGUGCCGUUAGACUCGCCGGCGGGGGAGAUGUUCUGCUUCCCGGCUCACCUGUUGGGCAAGUCUAAGUUUGAUCUCAUCCUCCCUACGGUCUUCGCCGCAGUUGUGGUGGGUUGGUCGGCUUGCCUUGUGCGGGCCGUGGGCCUUUGGGAGGCCGAUCCGGUCCAUUAG